ACUAUACCUUACGCUUUGUAUCUUCCUCAUCAUCAUGGCCAUUCAAAUGGAUGACCCGGGACCUUCAACAGGUCCAUUCACACUAUCUCAUACACUCACAGGACAUGCUAGAUCAGUCACUGCUCUUAGAUUCACUCAUGACAAUUCUCAACUUCUCUCCGCUGGUGCUGAUGGCUAUGUUCACUUCUGGGACUCUAAAUCUGGACAACACCGACGUUCCAUUCGAUGUCAUACCACAGGCAUCAACGAUCUUUCCAUCUCACCCGAUAAUUUAUACUUUGCUACGGCUUCCGAUGACUCCUUAUCCCUGAUCUUCCCUAUUUCCCCCACUCCUUCUUCUGAACCAUACCCUACCGGUCGUUCACGCCCAAUACGAAUCCUUCAUUCUCACACUGCCGCCGUACUCUGUGUGGCUUUCAAUCCAAAGGGAAAUCUACUGGUAACGGGUUCAUUAGACGAGAGUGCUAUACUAUGGGACAUAGCCGCCGGUAAACCUUUGAGAACACUACCAGCUCAUAGUGAGGCGAUAUGGAGUGUUGACUGGGACAGAGAAGGUGGAAUGGUCAUGACGGCCAGUGCGGACGGCUUGAUUCGACUAUGGGACACCAUCGCAGGACAAUGUCUACGGACUUUUGAUAAUGAAACGAAUUCCCCAGUUUCGCACGCCUCUUUCACCCCGUCACCUUUCUUCCUGCUCUCAACCUCCCUAUCAUCAACAAUCAGAGUGUACGGGAUUUACAACAGCAAAGUUCUCAAAACCUUAGCCUCACCAGCGUAUAUCAACGAGAAAUACCCAUGUCCAACUUACGUCUUUGCUUCACCUGAACAAACGUCAAAUGAGUACCCCAAUGGAGAGGUGUAUGCGGAAGGAGAGGACGGAUCGGAAUGGAUGAGGGGUCCAAUAGAACAGGCCUUGGUGGUGGCUGGGAGUGAGAAUGGCAACGUUGUGCUUUGGGAUCUGGGUAGCAAGAAGACUGCUCAGGUUCUGGGUGGACAUACGAGACCUGUCGUCGCUUUAGCGGUUUCAAGCGAUGGAAAGAUAAUUGCUAGUGGAAGUUUGGAGCCUGAGAAUAGUAUAAAAGUAUGGAUAGCUAAAUGAAUCAUGUCGUGAAUCACAUUGCUUCAUAGAAGUAGACUUCCGCGAUGGACGUCCGUCCUACUAAAGGCAUCCGACAUCCAUGGUAUCGUUCAAGAAGACAGGCGAUGGGAUAUAUAGAUUGAACAGGUUAUGCAUUACUCACCUCA